AUGAAAUUAGCUGAAGCAAUGAAAAGUAACGCAGCGAAAUUCGAUAGAUUCACAGGUUUAUUGGACGACAAUGAGACAAUUGUUGACGCAGCAAAACGUGAAUUGAAAGAGGAAACUGGCUACACCGCAUCAAAAGUUGAAUGCUUGUCGAUAGCUCGGCAUCCAUUAGCUGCGCAAAUGACCGAUAAUUCCAUCUGUUAUGCGUUCGCUGAAAUUGACGGUGAUUCGGCGCAAAAUCAGAACCCAAAACCAGUUCUGGAAGAAUCGGAGGUUAUUGAGGUUAGGCGACCUCACAACGAUAUUCCACAUUCAAAUAAAGAGCAGUUCAAUCAAUCUGUGUCAAAGAAACCGAUCGAACGUUCCGACAUUUCCCCAUAUGAUCCAUCGAAUCACAUCAGACCCUGA